AUGCCUUGUCAUCACGGUAAUUUAUCUUUGGUAUUAGAUGACAAGUGCAAAUAUGAAAAAGAUGACCUUUGUGAACCAUUUUCACGUUCGACAUGGAAACCAAGCAACAUGACGCGUGCAAUUUUGGCAUCGGUGGUACCGGGAGCUGUAGGACUAAUCUGUUAUAAGCCAUUUUAUGGCCAGAAAAGGGCAAUCGACUUUUGGAAUGUAUCUAGCAAGAAACCCAACUGGGCACCAAAAUCUCUGCGCUUUUAUGCUUGCGUAGAUGCACUUACUAUUUCGCCUAUUGGCUAUGCAAGCUAUUUGGUUUAUGAACAUGGCGGAGGCUUCGCAAAUCGGAAUACUGCAAUUUCACUCGGACUUAAUGGCGGAAGUUUGGCAUUUGGACUCGCUUCCAUUCCAUUCAUGAAUAGAAAAGAUUUGGAAUCGGUAGAUGAAAUCGAUUUGUUUACUCAUUGCAAAUCAAAAGCCUCAGUUGUAUAUAUCUAA